GCCUGAGCGUUCCCUUUUCGAUAGAUUUUUCGGUCGUGUGGAGCCGUCUUACGAUGGGAGGAUUUACGUGCUGUGUUCCUGGAUGCUACAACAACAGCACAAGUGAUAAAGGCUUGGGUUUCUACGUCUUUCCUAAAGAGCAAAAGCUUCGGGAGACGUGGAUUCAGCGUAUCAACAGGGCUGGACGGGGCGGCAGGUUCUCCAAGUUUACGCCUACCACGGGACACCGAGUAUGCGGUGCCCACUUCGAAGGAGGAAAAAAGACUUACAUGAACAGAGUGCCCACAAUCUUCCCGCUGAGACCGCAAAAGGUGGAAAGGAGGCGACCACUCAUAAGGACACAGCCGGAACUUCCCAACAGUCCAACUGUGGCACCCCAGCACGACCCAGAAGUCUCAGGCUCUGCCAUCACUAGUAGCAGCAGCGACAGUGAAGACACCGCACAGCAAAGCACUCUACUCAUGGACCAUGCCUACAGCAGCCAAGAGUCAAGCUAUGACCAGCUUGCCAAGAAAGUUGCUUGCCAAAAUAAUAUAAUAACUGAGCUAGCAGAAAAGGCUGAAGCUGCUUACGCGCAUGUUGAAGAGCUCAACUGCCAGCUAAAACGCUCUCAACAGGACCACGCUGAAGCAAAAAAGCUAUGUGACCGCCUUCAGCAGAAGAAUAGGUGCUUGCGGCUUGAGCUAUCCUGUAUGCAGAAGAAAGUCAAGAGGUGCAAGGCUGAAGCUACACAAAAGAUUGACAUCACGUAUGAAGCCCUUGUAGAAGAUGAAAAGAAGCUGCGGUACUACACUGGCUUUACAUCCAGAAAGUCCUUCGACAGUUUUUGGUCCCUACUUGAACCAGAUGCGAAAAAGCUGCGGUUCUGGCAGAUGAAGGAAACGGAGAACGAGGACCGGAACUUCAUCCUGCCUUUGAAGACACAGCUUGCGCUCGUCCUGAUGAGGCUACGGCUGGGCCUUGACGGCCUUGACCUUGCGUACAGGUUCGGCGUUUCUACGUCAACCGUUUCGAGGAUCUGGGUAACAUGGCUGGAUUUUUUGGACAACAGGCUUCGCCAGGUCCCAACUUGGAUGUCUCCCCACCUGUGCGACAAGUACAGGCCACAAGCUUUCACUGACAAGGGCUACACCACUGUUGACGGCAUCCUCGACUGCACCGAAAUUUUCAUCGAAACCCCCUCGUCAUUCCGUGUACAGAGUGAGACCUAUUCCUCGUACAAAAAGCACAAUACUGCAAAAGGGUUAGUUGUGUGCAGCCCGAACGGCUUUGUUAUGUUCGUGUCCGAUCUUUCUCCUGGGAGGCUGUCUGACAAGGCCCUAACAAAGGCUUCCGGUGUGUUGGAAAAGUUCUCACCAGGGCGAAGUUUGAUGGCUGAUAGGGGGUUCACCAUCGAAGAAGAGUGCAAGGAACUUUCACUGCACUUGAACAUUCCGCCAUUCAUGGAAGGACGGCCUCAACUGUCUGAAACAGAUGAAACUGAGACAAGGCUUAUUGCCAGUGUGCGCAUACAUGUGGAAAGGGUCAUUCGGAGGAUAAAGACCUACAGAAUACUCUCACAGGUGUUUCCAAACAGCAUGUCUGGACAACUGAACAAGGUGUGGCAUGUUUGCGCACGCUUGACAAACUUUGUGGGUGAGCCAUUGCUGUGA